ACCAACAGCCUGGCAACUUCUGCGGUGUUCCCAAAGCAACCAAAUUGUCAUUCAAGAAUGAUCCUAAUAUUUUAAACGAUAACUGACGAGACGGGAUUGGGGCAGGAGUCUGAAGUGUAACUGUUGGAGCCAUAACUCUCCUGAUGAGAGCAGCCACACAUUAAACAGAAGAAGAAGAAGCAGCAACAGGAGGUUUAGCUGGGAGGACAUGGCGGACGUCAGCAGGUUACAAGCUAUCGCCUAAACGCCAGGGAAAGCGAAACCGAAGACUAGAGGCGGCUGCAGGAGGACCUUCAUUUAGUUUAAUGUUACAUGGAUAGCCGGAGCUCCUCAGGACUGUUCGCCCUCCACUGAACCUGCAUGGCGUCCACUCAAGUCCGGCUAGGCCAGCAGGCCUUAGCGGUACUUGAUGUGGCUCUGCGAGUUCCCUGUAUCUUUAUUAUCGACGCCAUUUUUAACUCUUACUACGACCCAGGUUCGGGAUGGGCCGGGGCGAUGGGGAAGGUGUUGGUCAGAGUCAUGGGUAUCCUCAUCUCCAGCAUGGUGCUGCUGCUCUCUCAGAAAGCCUUGUUCAAGUUCUACACCCUCUUCUUUGCUGUGCUCCUCGGCAUGGCAGCGGUGCUCAUCAACUACUACGCCACCUCUCACAUAGACUUCUACAGCGCCUACUACAAAGCGGCUCUGGGCUUCAGACUGGUGCCUAGAAACGGGCCGACGUUGUGGCUGGGCAUGGCUGCCAUCCAGCUUGUUUUUGGAGUGGGCUACGUGGUCCUUCUCAACCUCCAGUCGGUGUUCGCUGCUCUGGUGGUGCUGGACAUCAUGAUCCCUCUGUGGGGGCUGAUGAUCGAGCUGCCCGUGGACGUGCGGCAGCUGGUGGCCGUGUUCUCGGGCGUGGCGCUGGCGCUCAACACGGCCGUGUGCCUGGCCAUGAGGCUGAAAUGGUUUUACUACUCGUGCCGGUACGUCUACCUGCUGGUGCGCCACAUGUACCGGAUCUACGGGCUGCAGCUGCUGCUGGAGGACACCUGGAAGAGGAUCAGAUUCCCAGACGUGCUGCGGGUGUUCUGGCUGACCCGGGUCACUGCCCAGGCGCUGAUCCUGGUCUACGUGGUGCGGGCCGUGAGGAGGGAGAGCGGAGACGCUACAGGCAGUUUCACAGAUGGAGGCUCCGACUCACAGGGUUACCUGCUGAGCUGGGAUGUGUUCUGGGAUCUGACCAGUAACCUGAUCAUCUCCGGCUGUGACUCCACGCUCACCGUGCUGGGGAUGAGCGCCGUCAUCUCCUCUGUGGCACACUACCUCGGCCUCAGCAUCCUGGCCUUCAUAGGCUCGACGGAGGAGGAGGACAAGCGUUUAGGCUUCGUAGCUCCUGUUCUGUUCUUCAUCCUCGCCCUGCAGACCGGCCUCAGCAGCCUGGACCCUGAGGAACGCCUGGUGCGCCUGAGUCGGAACAUGUGCCUUCUGCUGACCGCCAUCCUGCACUUCAUCCACGGCAUGACGGACCCCGUCCUGAUGUCCCUCAGCGCCUCCCACGUCUCCUCGUUCCGCCGCCAUUUCCCCGUCCUGCUGGUGUCCUCUGCGCUCUUCGCGCUCCCGGUGGUGCUCAGCUACGCCCUGUGGCACCACUACGCCCUCAACACCUGGCUGUUCGCCGUCACCGCCUUCUGCGUGGAGCUCUGCCUCAAGGUGGUGGUGUCCCUGACUGUCUACGGCCUCUUCAUGGUGGACGGCUUCUCCAACGUCCUGUGGGAGAAGCUGGACGACUACGUGUACUACGUUCGCUCCUCGGGCAACAUCAUCGAGUUCCUGUUUGGCGUCAUCAUGUUCGGCAACGGCGCCUACACCAUGAUGUUCGAGUCGGGCAGCAAGAUCCGCGCCUGCAUGAUGUGCCUGCACGCCUACUUCAACAUCUACCUGCAGGCCAAGAACGGCUGGAAGACCUUCAUCAACCGCCGCACGGCCGUCAAGAAGAUCAACUCGCUGCCGGAGAUGCGCGGCGACCAGCUGAGGGACAUCGAGGACGUGUGCGCCAUCUGCUACCAGGAGUUCGCCACCUCGGCACGCAUCACUCCCUGCCACCACUACUUCCACGCGCUGUGCCUGAGGAAGUGGCUCUACAUCCAGGACACGUGCCCCAUGUGCCACCAGAGGGUGUACGUGGAGGACGAGAGCCGGGACAGAGCGGCGUUCUCCAACAACAACGGGGGCUACGCAGCGCCGCAGGACGUCGCUGCUGAGGCAGAGGGGGGGGACCAGCACGGACAAGAGGACGCAGAGCUGCCGGGGGAGGGAGGGGCAGCGGGGGGGCAGGCUGCGGGGGAGCCGGACAACGAGCUGCUGGAGGACAACGACAGCAUAGAGUACGACGAGGACGAGUGGGGGACGCAAAACGGCAACGCACACAUAGAAGAAGACUAUAUCAACGACGACACAGACUCCACCGAGGACUGACAGCAAGAGAUCUAUAGAGAGAAAUAUACAUAUAUCUUUAUUAUAUUUAAGUUAAAAAAUAAUUAUAAAACACUAUCUUAAUUUGUUCUCCAAAUAUGUCAGGGAUAUUAUUCUCCGUUUCCUCUUUAGUCUCUUUUUGAUUUGGGUUUGACUCUAUAAGGGCUCAUGGAAAGAGUAACUGCUGCUCUCAUUCUGUGUGUGUGUGUGUGUGUGUGUGUGUGUGUGUGUGUGAGGACUGCAUGAUGUACACCAAAAACUCGUAAGGUUAUUGUAUCCCCAAAUGAUCGGAGAUAUAUAUAUCUUGCUAUGCGGGCAAAGCUGUCUCGACACGUUUUUCCCCCCCAAUGCCUCAAAGCUGAUACGCAUGACUGAGUCCAGCAUCGUAUGUUCUGCAGCAUGUAUGUUCUGCAGCAUGUAUGUUCUGCAGCAUGUAUGUUCUGCAGCAUGUAUGUUCUGCAGCAUGUAUGUUCUGCAGCAUGUAUGUUCUGCAGCAUGUAUGUUCUGCACAGCACAAGUUUGCCUUCUUAAGCACGGUGUGGAAAUAUAUUUUCGUCCAAAGAAAAGAAAAAUAAUUUAGAUCGCAACUUUGUUUUCGAUUUUGUGCAGCCCCAAUGAGUAUUUGUGUGUGUCUGUGAGGAAGUGUGUGUGUGUGUGUGUGUGUGUGCGCGCCGACAUGCAAUGUGCUUAGACGAUGUCUUAAAGAUGCAGUUCAUGUUCCCUGAGAGUGUAGUGAAGGGGAAACACUGGAGUGUGUUAGCUUAACGACAAACUGUGGAACUGCAAAACGGAUUCAGGGUGUAUUCAUCUGUAAGUCAUGUUUUAGGAGUUUGUAGAAAGAGGAAUUUCUCUUUCAAACGUGCUGAUAUUAUUUUCUCUAGGUUUUAUUUUUUAAUCGUGCCAAAUAAUAUCUGUUAGAGUCCCUUUUAUGCUUACUGGAGUUGUUCCCUUUCCUUUAAUGUGUUAUAUGGUGUUUGUGUGUGUGUGUGUGUGUGUGUGUGCAUUGCAGAGGCUACAAUCCCCGUGUUCCCUCCAGAUGGAGUUUCCCUCCCACACACUCCGUAACAAACUGACAUCACUAAGUAACACUUGCACAUCUAUAGGCUAGCGCUCCAACAUAUUGUAUGGGAUAGGCUAAAGAGCGCAACAUCUGUAAGUGAUUGACCAAUCACAACAGAUCGGGCAAAUUAACCAAUCAGAGCAGACAGGGCUCUGGUUUCAGACGGAGGGUGAAAAGUGCCUCCGCAGCACAGUUGAUCCCGAAAUAUUUGUCUUACUAAACAAGUGCUCUCAAAGCCUGACUUACAGAUUGAUCACAGCUCAAGCAUGUUACACAGCUGUUCCACAUGUGUGUCUUUCCUAACUGAAACAGUGUAUUCGUGUCCAGAGAGAAAAUGAAGGCAGGAGAGUGAAGCAGUUUUCUAUCAACCCAGAGACAAACUGAGAGGUGUUUGAUUAAAAACAAAAAAAGAAGACGUGACUUGCUACUGUAAUCACUGAUAUACCUCUAUCAUUACUUACUACUGGUCUAUUGUGCGACCUCGCUUACAAUUGUGUACGUUAUUGUACAUAUAAUAAAACAUGUGCACACGUUCUCCCUUAGGAAAAGAGAAGACUUAUUUUUCUUUCAAUAAUGCACAUUUCUCUUCACACAAAUCAGUAUUUCCUUUGGUUAAGUUCUUGUUUCAAACCCAGAAAUAGUUUGGAAUAAGAAUGCAAAUGUAUUGGGAUUAUUUAUCUUUGCUUAUUGUAAUUGACACAAAUACAGUAUGAAAAGAUGCCGCUUGGUUUGUCUACCAUGAAGUACUUGUUUCACAAGGAACAAAGUACCGUGGUUUGUUUUAGGUGUCAGUUUGUAGCCAUGUUGUAACACCAGAAGUCAUUUAUGUUCCCAUGUUAUUCAGUAAAUCACUGGUACAGAUGGACAGGAGCUUUAUCCUUCUGUCCAACAGCUACAAGAAGCAACCCCUCACUUGUUUUCCAGCAGCAGAUGUCCUACUGAACACUGAAUACAAAUCUUGAACUACUGGAAUGAAAGAAAGAAGCAGAAAAUAUUUAAGAGCCAUGUUUUCACCUUUUUGACAGUACAGCGACGUCAGAGGUCUUCAUUGUGAAUUUGUG